AGUGCUGGGAUUAAAGACAUGCGCCACCACCGCCCGGUUUGCAGACAUCUUUCUUAAACUCAAAUCUGAUGUUACUCCUUUAUGUAAAUUACUUUAUGCCAUCACCCAGAGUCUAAUGAACCAGUUCUUCAGUAUUCUUUGCUAUCAGGGUGGCCAUAGAAUGUUGUGCACAAACAGGCACAAUUAUGAAACUGAUGAGCGAUGUUUCAUAGUUCUUAGUUCUACCAAGCCAGUGGCAGCAACAAGCUGAGAGAGCCGCCACCCCUCAAGUAUAGGACCCACUCCUUGUGUCAUAUGCUAGAUUCUCUGCCUAGAACACAAGCUUUCACAUAGGCUAAUUGAGUAGGCACCCCAGGGAACUAUGGGACAUUUGUGCUAAGAGUGAGAGUUUAGCUAUAACAAUAACCCUUCAUUUUGAACAGUAAUUUGCACUUCAGGAAACAUUUAUAUAUGUGUUUGUUGAAGGAGUGGGUACAUGGUCUUUGAGAUGCUUGAGAGCAGUAUAGUAGAUUGUAAAGGGUUUUAUUUUUAAUGGGAAGGGCAUCCUAUGUGGAGGACCAAUGAUGCUUUAACUUUAUUGGGUCAUGAGUAUCUAAUGUGUCCCAUACACCUAUUCAGUUCACAGAUACACAUUUAAGCUUUCUCUUAAUGCUUGUUUAUAGGGAGAAUUUAGAGAUUAAGGAGUUUCUCUCUCUUUAAUUGGUCUAAUAGUAUGUUAGGUUCACUUUUUAAUCAUUGGUAAUACUUUUUUUGAGAUAGCGUAUCACUAUGUUGUCCAUGUUGGGCUUCAAAGUUCUGGGCAUAAGUGACCCUUCUGCCUUAACCUUCAAAGUGGUUGGGAUCGCAGAGUCAAAGAAGUCAUAAAACGCAGAGGAAAGGGUGGAUUGCUCGACUGUGGCCUGGAGUGGGCUCAGGUCCGACGGAUGUCAGUCGUAGAGAACUUAUCUCACACAUGCAAGGCCCUGGCCUUAAUGCUAGCACUGAACAAAAGCGUAACAUUCAUGGCAAAUAUUUCCCCAUUUAUGCUGUUUUGAUUUGAUUUGGUUUUUCGAGACAGGGUUUCUCUGUGUAGCCCUGGCUGUUCUGGAACUCACUCUGUAGACCAGGCUGGCCUUGAACUCAGAGAUCCACCUGGCUCUGCCUACUGAGUGCUGAGAUUAUAGACAUGGACCACCCCACCCAGCCAGUCUCAUGCUUUUUGAUCAUCCUCCUGCCUCGUCUUCGAUGUAUUAUACUGUAUGUCAUCAAAAAGCUGAACCUCCGAAAUGCCUCCAGCCGAGAGCGUCGAGCUGCUGAGCAGGAAGCUCAGCUCCUAUCUCAGUUGAAGCACCCCAACAUUGUCACCUACAAAGAAUCAUGGGAGGGAGGAGACGGUCUGCUCUACAUUGUCAUGGGCUUCUGCGAAGGAGGUGAUCUGUACCGGAAGCUCAAGGAGCAGAAAGGGCAGCUUCUGCCUGAGAGUCAGGUGGUGGAGUGGUUUGUCCAGAUCGCCAUGGCCUUGCAGUAUUUACAUGAGAAACACAUCCUUCAUCGAGAUCUGAAAACUCAGAAUGUCUUCUUAACAAGAACAAACAUCAUCAAAGUGGGGGACCUAGGAAUUGCCCGCGUCUUAGAGAAUCACGGUGACAUGGCGAGCACCCUCAUUGGCACACCCUAUUACAUGAGCCCUGAGCUGUUCUCCAACAAACCCUACAACUAUAAGUCGGAUGUUUGGGCUUUGGGAUGCUGUGUAUAUGAAAUGGCCACCCUGAAGCACGCUUUUAAUGCAAAAGACAUGAAUUCUUUAGUUUAUCGGAUUAUUGAAGGAAAGUUGCCGCCAAUGCCAAAAGUUUACAGCACAGAGCUGGCUGAGCUGAUAAGAACAAUGCUGAGCAGAAGGCCUGAGGAGAGGCCCUCUGUGCGGAGCAUCCUGAGGCAGCCCUACAUAAAACACCACAUCUCCUUGUUCUUGGAGGCCACCAAGGCAAAAACUUCCAAAAAUAAUGUUAAAAACUGUGACUCCAGAGCCAAGCCUGUUGCUGCUGUAGUUUCCAGAAAGGAAGAAUCAAAUACUGACGUGAUACACUACCAGCCACGCUCUUCUGAGGGCUCUGCUUUGCAUGUCAUGGGUGAAGAUAAAUGUUUGUCCCAAGAGAAACCAGUGGACAUUGGUCCCUUGAGAUCACCGGCUAGUCUUGAAGGCCACACUGGCAAACAAGACAUGAACAAUACUGGGGAGUCAUGUGCCACAAUCAGUAGGAUAAAUAUCGAUAUCUUACCUGCAGAAAGGAGGGACUCAGCGAACGCUGGUGUAGUUCAGGAGAGCCAACCACAACACGUGGAUGCCGCUGAUGAAGUAGACAGUCAGUGCAGUAUUUCUCAAGAGAAGGAGAGGCUACAGGGCAAUACCAAGUCCAGUGAUCAGCCUGGAAAUCUCCUUCCCAGACGGUCCUCUGAUGGUGGUGAUGGGGAAGGGAGUGAACUGGUGAAGCCAUUGUAUCCCUCAAAUAAAGACCAAAAGCCAGACCAGGAUCAAGUUACUGGUAUUAUAGAAAAUCAGGACAGCAUCCACCCAAGAUCCCAGCCACACAGCUCUAUGUCUGAACCUUCUUUGUCCCGGCAGCGAAGGCAGAAAAAAAGGGAACAGACUGCCCAUAGUCGUACAAAGAGCCAGUUCCAAGAAUUACCCCCUCGGCUUUUGCCUUCUUAUCCUGGUAUUGGGAAAGUGGAUAUCAUAGCAACACAGCAAAAUGAUGGAAACCAAGGUGGACCUGUGGCUGGGUGUGUAAACAGUUCAAGGACCAGCUCAACAGCAUCAGCAAAGGAUCGACCAUUAUCAGCCAGAGAGAGGAGACGGCUAAAGCAGUCACAGGAGGAGAUGCUGCCCUCAGGCCCUGCAGUUCAGAGAACUCCAAGUGCAGUUGAGCCACUGAAACCACAGGAAGAAGACCAACCCAUCCCUGCCCAACGAUUCUCUUCUGACUGCAGCAUCACUCAGAUGAAUCACACACUCCCGAGGGAAAAGGAGAAGAGGCUGAUGCAUGGCCUGUCUGAGGAUGAGUUAAGCUCUUCUACAAGCUCAACUGAUAAGUCAGAUGGGGAUUCCAGGGAGGGGAAGAGUCAUACAAAUGAAAUGAAAGACUUGGUACAGCUGAUGACUCAGACUCUGAGGCUGGAAGCUAAGGAGAGCUGUGAAGAUCUCCAGGUCCUAAACCCAGGGUCAGAAUUCAGACUUCAUCGAAAGUAUCGAGACACGCUGGUGCUUCAUGGCAAGGUUGCAGAAGAGGUGGAACCCCACUGUACGGAGCUGCCUACGGGUAUCAUACCAGGUUCUGAAAAGAUCAGGAGAAUCGUUGAAGUCUUAAGAGCUGAUGUAAUCCAGGGCCUGGGGAUUCAACUCUUAGAGCAGGUGUUUGAUCUUUUGGGAGAGGAAGAUGAGUUGGAGAGAGAGGCACGAUUACAGGAGCACAUGGGAGACAAGUAUACAACUUACUGUGUGAAAGCUCGCCAAUUGAAAUUUUUUGAAGAAAAUGUGAGUUUUUGAGAUUUGUUCUAACAUGCUGCCAGAACUAAAGAUCUAUUUUCAAAAGUUUUUCAUCUUAAAAAAAACACCACCACCACCAUCACCAACCCUGUUCCAGUCAUUCAGAGGCUGGUCACCGCCAUCCUUUGCUUGAUAUCUCCUUGGAGUCCUCUUACUAUAAAGAACUGGAGAGCAGACUAAUGCGAAACAAGUUCACAAAAGAAAAAAAAACUUUGAAUAUCAUAUGUUUAUGAGGAAAAAUGUUAUAUCUUUGUUACUGUUUACUGAGCCUUAAGACAACUUUAUAUUUAGUUUAUUUUUUAAAAGAUAGUAACUAGCUUGACAUGGGGCCAGAAAACAUGGGAUUAAAUUGUACUACAGUGAUAGAAGCAACAAGAGAAAGGAACGAUGUCUCAUGCUGAUGCUUGCUGCCAUUAGUAACCUUAGCAAGUAGUUGGUGUUCAUUCUCUAAUAUCAAUUCACUCUUCUGGGAAUAGAUUUAAAGAACAUGAGGUUCUAUGUUGCAUUCAAACAACUGUUAUUGUUUUCUUUUUACACAUCAGUGGACUUUUAAUAUUUUGAUUUAUUCUGAACCUUAGUGAGGCUGUCUUUAGACCCUUAGAACUCUUGUUCAACCUAACGUAUAGCUUUGUAAGUCACUGUGACUUGACAUGUUUGACUUCUUUUUCCCAUCAGCAAAAACAUUCUUUUAAACAUGAGUUCCUUUUUCAAUUAAGCAGUGUCUAAGUCCAGGUUCUUAGUCCUAUUGGAUGUAAGUGAUGCUUUUUUUUGUUUUGUUUUGUUUUUUAAAGAGAUGCAUUUAUUGUAUGUAUAUGAGUACACUGGAGCUGUCUUCAGACACACCAGAAGAGGGCAUCAGAUCUCAUUACAAAUGGUUGUGAGCCACCAUGUGGUUGCUGGGAUUUGAACUCAGGACCUCUGGAAGUGCAGUCAGUGCUCUUAACCACUGAGCCAUCUCUCCAGCCCCCGCAAGUGAUGUUUGUCUUUAUGUACAAUAAAGUGUCAACUGAGUUCCCAUAUUUUAAAUAUGUAGCUGUAAGGCUGGAUGCAAUAGUUCACACUUGUAAUCCUGGCACCUGAGAACCAGAGGCGGUGGGUCAUGAGUUCAGUGCUAGUCUGGAUGACAGAGUGAAAUCAGGGGCAGCUCAGACUACAGAGACCCUCGUCUCAAAAAAGUCCUGAUUGUAUAUCACAUGUUGUGUUAAUUAUUUAAUAAGAAAUGUCCAUCUAGAAAGAUUUUUAUAAAUAAAAUACAAGUUGUGGUGGUUUGAA